AUGGGACGAACACGAAGUGGGCUUGUAAGGAAAAAAGGCAUUUUUGCUCUCAGUAGAGCUUCAUGUUCAAGAACUCGAAGUGGGCUUCUAAGAGUAAAGAGCUUUGUGGAUUCCAGUGAUGUUUCAAGUUCUAGAACUCGAAGUGGGCUUCUAAGGAUAAAGAGAUUUGUGGAGUCCCGUGAUGGUUCAUGUUCGAUGUCACAAAGUGACCAUGUAAGAGGUAGCCCUCCUAUUGUUGAGGCUAUAAUAAAUGAUGAAGCAGUCUUGAAGGAGUCUCCUGAUGGAUUGAUGAAAGAAGAGAUGCCUUCUAGAACUCAAAAUGGGCUUGUUAGACAGAGCUCUGCUGACAAGGCUGACGAAUCAGGCACGAGGGCGCUUCCCAAUGGAUGUUUGAGUGAAGAUAUGCCUUCUAGAACGCGAAGUGGACUUGUCAGAAGAAGCCCUACUGUUAAGACUCUAAGCAAGGAUAAAUCAGUCAUUAAGGGGCUGGCUGAGGGGUCGCUGAAGGAAGACACGCCUCUUGGAACUCGAAGUGGCCUUGUCAGAGGAAGCCUUGCUGCCAAGGUUCCAAUCAAGGCUGAACUAGUCACAAAGGGGCAGCCUGAUGGAUGGAUGAAAAAUGACAAGGUUGCUGGAACACGGAGUGGCCUUGGCAGUGGAAGAUUGGCUGCCAAGGCAAGCAAGUUUCUAACUGAAAACCUAAACCUUGGCAGUGGAAGAUUGGCUGCCAAGACUGUGGCGAGGACGAAAGAGUCGUUGAGGGUUUGCCUGAUGGAUGGCGAAAAAGAAUACAGGCCAAGGAAGAGCAGUUCAUUUCAGGAUCUGUACUACAUUGAUCCAGUCAGUGGAUAUGAAGUUCGCUCUUUGAAGGAUGUGCACCACUAUCUUGAAACUGGAGAUAUUAGACAAUGCGCCGUGAGACCAAAGAAGAGCACCACCUUCGAAGUUCAUAUGACAGAAAGUCAAACUCAUACAAGUGCAUCAUCGCAACACACGAGGCCUGGUACUGCAGAUAAGGGUAUUCAGUGUGAAAUAUUAACUUCGGAUGGUAUCAUGGUGCCAUGGGAGGAACUAAUUACUCCAUAUAAUGGAAAUGAUACUGAACAUACCGUGUUACCAGAGCCUGAGAGCUUGAAAGCAAGUCAAGGGUAUGGCAACAAGCUUGACACUUCGGAACACAUGAGUGUUCAACCGGUUUUUGCGCAUAAUGGUUCAAGGCAAACCAAAUCUGUUAAAAGGAAAGAACCAAAUGCAGAGGUGAAAUCCAAGAAGCGCAAAACCAGUUCUGCUGUGACUCCUGUUCGAGCGUCACCCCGCUUAGCUGCAUUGAAUGUGCAGCUUGAAGUAAGCAUCGAACAUGAAGAUGAAAUAGUUAGCAUAAAUCAUGUGGAUCGGGUACAGACUAUAGAAGAGAGUGCCAUCGAUCAGACACAGAAAAGCCAAUCAGGCUCCGUUGAUCAGAUACAUGGUAAUCUGGAAAGCACUUUCAGUCAAUUACAGUUGAGCCAAGCAGACACUGCUAAUGGAGUGCAGGCUAUACAGGAAAACACUACCAUUCAUUCACAACCAAGCCAAUUGGAUACUCUGAAUCCUACACAGAAAAAGCAGGAAAACAGUGCCAAUCAGUUACAAUCGGUGCUCACAGAUUCUUUGAUUCCAAAACAAAUCACACAGGAAUGCACUAUAGAUCAGCCAAGCCAGCCAGACAUAGAUCAUGUACACACAGAUCAGGAAUUCACUGGGAAUCAAUUCCAGUCGAGCCUACCAGCUGACACUGUUAUCUCAUUAGGGGAUAUUGAAGAAUGCACAGCGUGUCACUCACAGCCAAGCAAUACUGACACUACAGGCCAAAUUCAGGCCAAUGAGGAAAACACUGCCGAUCAAGUACAGUUGAGCCUAGCAGACACAGUCAUUCUGGUACCGGCUAUUCAGGAAUAUGCUACUGGUUAUUCACAGCUGAGCAAAGCUGACACUACAAAUCAAACACAGGCCAAUCAGGAAUACAUUGCUGAUCAAGUACAAUCGAGCCUAACAGACACAGUCAUUCCAGUACAAGGUAUUGAGGAAUACACAACUGAUUAUUCACAUAUUAGUAAAGCUGACAUUACAAAUCAAAUACAGACCAAUCAGGAAAACACUGAUGAUCACUUAUAUUUAAGUCAAGUAGACUGUGCCACUCAAAUGCAGAUAAUUGAGGAAAAUUUGUCCAAGCAACCUCAGCUGAGCCAAUCAGAAACUGGGGAUCGAAUACAAAUUGAUCUGGAAAGCACUACCAAUCACUUGCAACCAAACUAUGAUGAAAAUUCUAUGCUGCAAUCUGGUUUCUCUUGGGCUCCUGAACAGAAUGGCGGAGCCCCUAUUACAGAUUUCUGGAAAAAUGUUGAAACUCAGGCCUCAUCGGUUUCCAUGCCAAUAAAUGGAGUACCUGUUGCAAGCUUUCCAGCAAAUGUUAGAUUCCACAAUGCAGCAGCAGCAGAACCUGCUUUGCCGCCACAGGUUGCUCCAACUGAAACAGGUUCUGAUCAGCCUGGAUUGGCCUUUCAAUCCCUUUUCGGAAACAUCUGGUCAGAUCCUUGCAUCGAGUUUGCUUUUAAGACCCUUACAGGUGACAUUCCUGUUCUGGAUGACACAACGGCUGUCACAGACUACUUCCCAGAGCAACAAGACUUGAACAAAGGCCAAGCACCAAAUUGUGCAGGUUCUGUAUUUGAUAAUAAUUCCAGAAACCACACACAAGUCGAUGUCAACCUUCCACCACCGACCCCGGAUGAUUUCUACAAUGGCAGUUGGUUCCCUCCCCAAUGA